UCCUUACCUCAGAGAACUGAGGCACAGAGGCAUCAAAAAAACAUCACUAAUGAUUUUAAGAUUGUUCACUGCAGCACAGCAAAGAAGAAAGCAAUCCCAAGCAUGAAGACUCUGCUUUUGCUGAUAUAUAUCAUUGGUAUAGCCAUUGCUUCCCCAAUCCAGAGAAGUGGAAUUCUAUUCAGGAGAGGCUAUGAGGGCAAUAUUAAUUCCAUCAGUGCAGAUAAAGGAGUAUUAAAGACCAGCUCUGCCGUUACGAAUGGGAACCAGCAGAAUGGAGAUGAGGGUCACCAGGAAGGAGAAAUAUUUCUGGAUCUCACCAAAGAAUAUGCCAUUCCUGAAGAAGUUUCUACAGCCGAUCCUAUCCGUUCCCAAGGAGGCUAUCCGCACGAAACCGAGAGCCUGUUGCUCCAUGAGGACAACAGCUUUGUGCAGGCCAAAGGCCACAGUCAGCCCAACACGGAAAAAAACAGGGAGACCUAUGUUGAAUAUCCAACAGAGAAAGAGGUUGACAGCCAGGAUGUAGCGCUUCUCAAAACGAUUAGCAAUGCGGAACAAAAUGGCUCGCAGCAUUUGAGAGAGAAGAAUGCAGUUCAUGGUCCAGUGUUGACCACAAGGGAGUCCAUCGUUUCGGAAGCAGAUCUGUUUGCUGGCAAACAGCACAUCAAGGAUUUCCAGGCCAGCCGUGAGUUUGACGUGAGAAAAAAUGUCCCUUAUCAUCUGAACAGCUACCAUUUCAGUGAUGAAGGCAUGCAAGGAGAUGACCCAGGUCAUACUGAUGACUCUGAGUCUAGUCAGCAGGUGGAGAGCCAGAGCAAUUUCAGUCAGCAGCCUGGAGAACCAAAUAGUUCAAGUGGUUCAAACGAGGAAGAGGUGAAACAGGCCAGCACUUCAGGGAACUCUGGAAGCCCAGAGUACUCCAAUGGGUCCCCUGACUCCAGCAGUUCCAGCGAUUCUAGUGACCCCAGUGAUUCUAGCACCUCCAGUGACUCCAGCAGUUCCAGUGAUUCUAGUGACUCUAGUGACUCUAGUGACUCCAGCAGUUCCAGUGAUUCUAGUGACUCCAGUGACUCUAGUGACUCCAGCAGUUCCAGUGAUUCUAGUGACUCCAGUGACUCUAGUGACACCAGCAGUUCCAGUGAUUCUAGUGACUCUAGUGACUCCAGUGAUUCUAGCACCUCCAGUGACUCCAGCAGUUCCAGUGAUUCUAGUGACUCUAGUGACUCCAGCAGUUCCAGUGAUUCUAGUGACUCCAGUGACUCUAGUGACACCAGCAGUUCCAGUGAUUCUAGUGACUCUAGUGACUCCAGUGAUUCUAGCACCUCCAGUGACUCCAGCAGUUCCAGUGACUCUAGUGACUCCAGUAGUUCCAGUGACUCUAGUGACUCCAGCAGUUCCAGUGAUUCCAGUGACUCCAGCAGUUCCAGUGACUCUAGUGACUCCGGGAGUUCCAGUGACUCUAGUGACUCCAGUAGUUCCAGUGAUUCCAGUGACUCUAGCAGUUCCAGUGACUCUAGUGACUCCAGUGAUUCCAGUGACUCUAGCAGUUCUAGUGACUCUAGUGACUCCAGUGACUCCAGCAGCUCCAGUGACUCAAGUAAUACUUCUGAGUCUAGUGAUUCCAGUGACUCUAGUGAUUCUAGCAACUCUUCUGACUCCAGUGACUCCAGUGGGCAAAGUGAUUCCAGCAGCUCCACUGAUUCCACUGAUUCUGAUAGUUCCAAUGACAGCAGCACCUCCAGUGACUCUAGUGAUUCCAAUAAUUCUAGCACUUCCAAAUAAGUGAGAAGUUGCUCAGAUAGUACUGGUGCCACCCAUAGAUAUCAGUACUGAUAAGGGAAAAUGGUAGAAUUUGGGACAAAAUUGCAAUAGGGGGAGUGAAUGGGGACAGCAGGUCCUGUAGUACUGAGGCAAUAUUUUGUGGCGUUCCAAAGCGCCUUUCACAAUUGAAAUGGCUGCCUUGCUCCACGAGGCAGGGAAGGCGAAUGUGAUGAUUCUGUCUAAAGAUGAAUUUCCAACCAUUUCAAAUGACGCAUGAGCCCUGCUCAGUUGUAUGAAGGGGCAGUAAAGGAGCUUUGUCAUUGUUGUCACGUGGCUCCUUCCAGCUUCCCACGCAUUCGGUACCAAUGUUUGCAGCAUGGAGCCUGCUGUACUCAGGGGGUCUCCUUGCACAAUUUAGUACCUUGAUUGUGCAGGGACCGUGCAUGAGAGGAGCUGGAAGUGACAUGUGACAACCGUGGUGGACCUCACAGCCACAUUGGACUCACAUAUCCCCUUCACAUAUCCAUGAGCAGAUUUUGAGUGUCUUCUGUCCUGAUCGUUCUCUUGACUUGGCCACAGCAAAAUGAAGGGCAACCUCUAAAGAAGAAACAUUUGCCAUCAUUAUGAAACUAGAUUUCUCUAGGGCAGGAGGGAGAAGCAUCUCCACCUACCUUUCUGAGCAACCUUCCAGGAGCCACAUGUCAUUGGUGGGCGUGGCCAGAGGCAAAAGUAGGUGGAGCAAUGAAUGAUGAUUUCCCUUUUAUACAGCAGGCUGGGUUUCCGCAGUCACUCUGGGUGACUUCCAGCAAAAUAUUUAAAUACAAUAAUUCAUCAAAUAUUAAAAGCUUCCCCAAACA